AAAAAACGAAAGCCGAAACAAAAAGAGAACCGAGCCAUUCGCUGGAGUCAUAUUAGCUGAGCCUUAAAAAAGUCUCAAAUCCCUAAAACCAGCCGAGCGAUUGAGCCAAGCUACUGUGCCCUAGCUCCUCUCCUCCGUCAAAUUCGCCCCAAACCAACGGAUCUGCCGUCGUGACCAAUCCCUCAGAUCGGCGAACAUCUGACUCAAAGCUCAUCUCUCCCUUAAAUCGGCUCAGAUCUCUUUGGCUCAGAGAGAUCCAACGCCGAUCCAUCCUCCUACUCCUCUCUGUUCUGGCGGCUGUUUCUGCUUUCCCUCCAAAUAAUUAAAAAACAAAACUUUCCCUUUCUCGCAACCGUUUUAUUCUCGUUACAGAUGGAUUGGAAUGUAAACAAUGCAUUCAAAACCUACAAAGAGAUGGAACCUAAAGCUAUAAUGGAUAUGAGUCUUGUUCAACACCCUGAUCCCAUUGACAUUGGAUUAGGCUCUUCUUCUUCUGAUAAAGCUAAUACUGUUACCCCUAAACGUAAGAAGACAAUGACAUCUGUCUAUCUCAAGUAUUUUGAGACUGCACCAGACAGCAAAACUCGGAAAUGCAAAUUCUGUGGACAAAGCUACUCCAUUGCUACAGCCACUGGAAACCUUGGAAGGCAUCUGGCUAAUAGACAUCCAGGCUAUGAUAAGUCAGCAGAUAUUGUCACAGUACCACAGACACCACCGGUUGUUGUGAAGCCGUCACAAUCUCAGUCGAAAGCACAAGCACCGCAACUCGAUUAUGAUCAUCUUAACUGGUUAGUUCUUAAGUGGCUUGCUUUGUCAUCGCUUCCUCCCUCUACUGUAGACGAAAGUUGGUUGGGAAACUCUUUCAAAUUUCUUAACCCAGCCAUCCAGUUAUGGCCGGCUGAGAAAUAUAAAGCUAUACUUCAUGAGGUUUUCAGAAGUAUGCGGGGAGAUGUGAAGACAUCUUUGGAGCAUAUCCAAUCCAAAGUUUCUGUCACGUUAGGUUUCUGGAGUUCAUAUCAAAACAUUUUUUAUAUGAGCGUUACAGGGCAAUGGAUAGAUGAACACUGGUCUUCUCAUAGAUUGCUGCUGGACAUUUGUCGGAUUCCUUAUCCCUCUGGGGGUUCUGAGAUCUUUAGCUCCCUUUUGAAAGUCCUUAAGAUAUAUGCCAUUGAAGACAGGGUUCUAUGUUGUACACAUGACAACAGCCAAAACGCUAUUCACGCUUGUCAUGCCCUGAAGGAGUACUUGGAUGGUCAAAAGGUCUUGCCUUUCUGCUAUAUCCCCUGUGCUGCUCAAACUUUGAAUGAAAUUAUUGAUGAGGGGUUAGCUACUAUAAAGCCCAUAAUCUCAAAGGUCAGAGAGUUCACACAGGAGUUAAACGGAUCGAUAGAGCUAUCAGAUGAUUUCAUUCAGUUGACAACAGCUUAUCAAGAAGGCAACUGGAAACUUCCGAUAGAUACUUCGUCUCGUUGGAGUGGCAAUUACCAGAUGGUCAACAUCUUGUGCAAGGCUGGCAAGUCCUUGGACUCGGUGAUUAGGAACACUGAGAAUUGUCUAGAGAACAGAAUGAUGUUGACGUCUGCAGAGAAGAACGCGGUGACUAUUGUCCAUAGUUACUUGGAUUUGGAUUCAUUCCACAAGACCACUCAAGAUAUGUGCACGAACAAGGAUCUCACGGUUGGUCUGGCACUGCUCUUCAUGGAUAACAUAUCUGAGAUGAUCACGACUUGCCAAAAAUCAUGCCACAAUCCAGACUGGCUAAGAACUUGUGCUGAAAGCAUGGCUCAGAAGGCCAGAAGUUACAACACCCAAGUGUGCAACGUGUUCACUUACAUUACAGCCGUUCUUGACCCGCGGAUCAAAACAGAGUACAUUCCAGAGACGAUAAAUCUCGAAAGCUAUAUAGAUGAAGCAAGAACCCAUUUCAUUCGUAACUAUUCCUCCUCUCAUUUCACAUCUUCCAUGAGUAGCGGGUACCGUCCUCAGGACAUGGAUGAAGGAGGAGGAGGGAAUAUCUCAUUUGCAGAGGAAAUCGCUAGAAGGAAAAGAAGAGGAAGUAUGAGUAACAACGUUGUCGAUGAACUAACUCAGUACUUAUCAGAGUCUAUAGUCCCGAUGCAAACCGAUGUGUUGGAUUGGUGGAAGGUAAACAGCGGAAGAUACCCUCGGCUUUCCAACAUGGCUCGUGAUUUCCUUGCGGUUCAGGCGACUUCCGCUGCACCGGAAGAGAUAUUUUGCGGUAAAGGCGAAGAGAUUGAUAAGCAAAAGUAUUGCAUGCCUCAAGAUAGCACGCAGUCUGUUCUUUGUAUCAGAUCAUGGAUUGAAGCUGGUAUGAAACUGAAGUUCAAGUCUAAUGAGAUUGACUAUGAACGGCUAAUGGAGUUAGCUGCCACCGUGGGGGCCGAUAAUUCUGUAGGAGGUUUAGACAAGAAUCAACAUACUAGGUGAGAUUCUUUUUUAGUGUUUGUACUAAAGAAACGAGUUGUCUUACUUUUUUAGCAUGAGUUGUAUGUAAUUUUGCAUAGUGGGGUGAGUGGAGGAGGAUUUGUAAAGACUUUAGUGUUAGAGUUGGUUUUAUGAAAACCAAUCUGGUUAACUUUCUUAAUUAAACCAUAUGUUCCUUUCA